AUGGCGGAACCUGCUGGUAUGUUUGUUUGGUCAGCUUUUUGGACGAUUACUUAUUAAUUAAUUUACUGUAAAGUUUAAAGUUCUUAAAUUAAUACACUUUAUAGUACUUGUGUAUACAUGUAUAAUACUGUAAUGUAUUAGCAUAUAUAUGUUUUACGCCAUAGUAUAAUUACAAUGCAUAUAUUUAUAAUCUAGCUAUUUUACAUAUUUUUUAUUUUUACAAAUUUAGACUAAAAUAUACGAAUUUGUAUCGCUUUAUAAAUUCUUGCAUAUUCAGUUAUAAACUUGACUUAAAAACCAGGUUUAGGAAUUCAAAUAAGGAAUUCAAAUGCGGGAAUGAUGGAAAUCCGAUGAUUUCGAAAUCAGAAAGUAUAGAAGUGUCGGCGAAAGGUUUGAAUCUGGGCAUUUCAGAUUUGUGAAGGAAAUUUCGUCGUUUUUGCGACUAUAUUUCACAGUUUUCGAGAUAUUCUGAUUUCAAAUUGCUCUAGACUGCAGACUUUUAUAGGAAAUCUUGAAAUCAGCUCAGAAGCGAUUUCGAAAUCUCGUACGCCCACUUGGUAAAGAUCGGUAAAGCUGGUUGGAUUCUCAUUUAUCGUAAACAUCGGCGAUGCCAAUUUGUCUGUGGUCAUUGAUGCAUAAAAUGUUUUGUGCAUUUUCUUCUUCGUUGCUCACAGACAAUGGAUAAAACGGGAAUCCUAUCAUAUUCAGGGCCGUCCUCGGGUAAUUUUUCACGGGGUUGUAUUAAGGUCAUUUCAAUUUCAUUACGAUUUACGAACGUUAUUUAUAGCACAGAAUAGAUAUAGGGAUUUAUAGUUCAAUGGCUUGUACGGCCAGAGCUAAGGGGCGGACCAUUAGAAAAGUGAUGGGGGGGGGGGGCAAAAGCAAAAAAAAAUCGAGCAGGGGAAACAGAAAAAAAAUUCGUGCACCAGAAAAGUUUGAAAAAAAAAAUUCGUGCAGAGACUUUUCAAUAGGGAAAAUUAGGUACAGUGUAAGGGUGGCCCCCAAAUUUGGAAAAUAAAAGAAAAAUAAUUUCGAACGUUUUUUGAUAUAAGUAAUGGUGUGAGAAAAAUUUUCUAAACCUAAAAAUUUGCUAGAUUAAAAAUGCAUAUUUUUAUUUUUUGCACCUAGCAGAUAUUGGUGCAAAAAAGCGUUUUAAUCAUGUUUUAAGAAGAAUUUGUCAGGAAGAAUUUUUUCUGACCCCCUUUUUUAUGUCCUGAAAAAUUUUUUUCACCCCCCCCCACGCUAAAUAAAAUUCAAGCAAGGGAUUAUUAAAAAAAAUAAUUGACACAAGCAAAACAUUUCGAAAAAAUAAUCGUACAAGUUGGAAAUGGACCACCCCCCCCCUCAUCACUUUUCUAAUGGUCUGUCCCUAAUCCACUCAGAAGGAAAUUUCCUUCCAAAAGGAUAUUUUGGCAUUUGGAAGGAAAAAUAAGAGGAAAUGAGAUUUGGAAGGAAAUCGGAAGGAAAUUCGGCCAUUUCGAAGGAAAAGGGAAGGAAAUUUUACAAUUUGAACUUUUUCAGUAAUUUCUAGUAAUUUAUUAAUAAUGGUUAAAUACUUUAUUAUGAACUUUUGAGUUCAAAAACAUGUAUAAAAAUAAUACUUCGGAUAUUUACACUACCGUCAAGGAUGAAUGGGGGUAAUUUGGGAUUUAAAGGCUAAUGGGUUGUUCCAGAAAAGAUCCACACUCCCCCCACGGAGGAAAUUUCUGCUGUCCGGAGGGGGAGGGGCGACAAAAUUGUUUCAGAUAAUAGUAAAUGUAUUAGGACAUCCGGAGGGGGUAGGGUGGUUAACUUCCAAUUUCCUCUGUGGGGGUGUUAUGGAUCUUUUCUGGAAUGACCCAAUUUCUCACUCAAGCAGCGGAUCGGACCAGUGAGAUCAGAACAAAACAAAAUCUGUGCAUGCACCAUCAGUAGAAAUUUUUGGUUCUGAUUGAUCCGGCGGCGUUGCUGGCUGGAUAAUAAAAAAUUUUAUAUUUUUCAACUUUUUUUUUGUCCGGUCUGCGGAUUAAUUAAACCUGCAUGGUUUAAAAAAAAACCCAAUCAAAAUUCAAAAAAAAAAAAAAAACCAAUCAAAAAACCAAUCAAAAUUCCAUAUGAUCUCACAUAAAUUAAAAUAAUUAAAUAAUGCCUGUAUAAAAUUUACAAAAUGGAGGAUAAUUUAGGAGCUUUUUUGGAGAAUUUUUACAAAAUGGAGGAUAAUUUAGGAAGAAUUGGAGAAUUUAGAAGAAUUGGAGAGUACAACAAUUCCUUAAAUUAAAUUGCUUGGUAACAAUACAUAUGAAAUUGCUUAAAAAAUAUUUAUGGUAGCUUAUACUCUUCUAUCAAUAAGUGGUAUAUGGUAUUUACUUUUCUGUUGUCUUUCCUGGAAAUUUUCUUAUCCAAACUAACGCUCUUUUUGUAUUUUUCUUGUUUUCAUCUCCUUUGCUGGCGUCGACGUAACCAAAUCUGAUGAACGACAGGCUUGUCCAGAGCUGCUGUAAGGGGCGAAACUAGCCCCUUAACUUUUAAUUUGGGGGUUGUCUGCCAGAAUUGCCCUGCCAAAACCAAUGAUCAUUGAUGCCCUGCAGCAAAUUUUUAUUUCUGGCCGCUAUUUUUCCCAAAAUGUUGGGGGGAGGGGGGGGGGGGAGAAGUUGAAAAAAAAAUUUCCGGACAUUAUUAAACAAAAAGGGUAAAAAAAUUUUCCAGGUAUAAAUCAGUUAAAUUAAGGGUCAAAACAAAAUUGUCCCUACAAAUUCCUAUUAAAACAUGGGUGAAACCCUUAUUUUUGGACCAAUAUCUGUAAAAUUUAGGUCUAUAAAUUCUAUUCAAUUCCCUCUGAAAGCCCUAUAAGUUACUAAUUACCUCUACAUUCUAUCAUCUUUGAUUGCCCUGCCAAUCCAGAUGAUUCGUAUUUUGGGCGGUGUCACACACCCCCAUACCCCCUCAAGUUUCGCCCCUGGCCGCUGCCGUUUUGAAAUGAGUGUGAAAUAGUAAUUUGUGAGACUGGAACGAGCUCCAUUUUUUCAUUUUCCGAUCCGAUCAUUCCACUUGUCCUUUUAAGGCUAUAUAGUUUCCACUCAGGGAAUUUAUCCGUGGAUUGGAACAGACAAGAAAAUUUUUCUUUGUGUUAAAGUCAUUAGUCCCAACCCAGAGCUCGCAAGACAAAGAAAAAAUUUCUUGUCCGUUCCAAUCCACAGAUAAUUUUCCUGAGUGGAAACUAGCCUAAAUUACUGGAAAUUGCUUGCUGGACCGGAAAACCUCCAAUCCGGUCCGAUCCGCUGCUUAUUAUCCGGAGUGGAAAUUAGCCUUUAAAACGUCUUCAGUGGGUACUGUGGGUGAGUAGAGUACUAAUGUACAUAAAUAAUGCAGGAUGAAUUUUUUCGUGUGUUUUUAUAAACUAAAAAAAAAGUCGAAAAAAAGGGAAACUGUAAUUUCUAAACCAAAAAAAGUUAUUUAUAAAUUAUGAUGGCUUAGGGAGUGGUCAUUAUUUACAGGAAAGGGGGGUUGGUAAAUGGGGAAAUAUAUAAGGAUUGAAAACUUUUUUGACCCCCCUCCAGACUGUCAAAACAAAAUUUUUGUGCCUCUCUUCUCAUAAAAGUAGAAACUUUUCUGACCCCCCCCCCUCCCCCAGUGUGGAUUGAAAAAUUAACAGCAAUGAAACAGGUGUGCAUUGCAGAUGAAGUUGGAUAUUAGGACAAUUUGUUUAAUCUAGCUUAUGAUGUUUUACCCUGGUGAAUAUCAUUCAACCAUGAUAUGUGAUUAAAAAUAUAUAUUAUGUGUUUACUUACUACUUUGCAGUGCAACAUUUGUCCUACCAUAACCCUAAUGCAUACAGUGAAAUGAUCUGAACACAGGGCUUUUUUAUGAACUUUGUCCGGAGGGGGGGGGGGCAUCUACAUAAAGGGACCAUACUAUACUGAGUGUGGAGAGAUGACAGAUGGUUGUUGGUGACAAGAAGUUUGGUGUGGUAUCGUAUGGAAUCAAUUAAUCCAUUUGUCUAUGUUUUAAUAAUCUUUUAAAAUAUUAACUUGCUUGUGUUCAAAGUCUGUUCUGCACAGGUCUACAUUCCAAUGGUCGGGACCCGGCCAUUGGAAUUGUUAUGAAUAAUUCAUAUGAAUAUUUCUUGAAUUGAAUCUCUAGUCUGUAUUCAUUUACAACCAUAGUUGUUUUGAACAACUGCUUGCAAAUCCAGCACCUUGGAAAUAUCUCUUUCACUUGAAAUUUAGUUUUAUUUGUCAUUUUUUAUUUUGUCUGCCGACUAAAAUAGCAGCUUAAGUCCUACCGACUGAAGCUUUGAAUAAAAUUUAUGGGGGUGUCACCCCCCCCCCCCUCCCCUCCUAGCUCCGGGUCUGAUCAUAUACUCAACAGGUCCGAAUACCGGUAAAAUUUUGCCAGACAUUUGCUGGAUAGACUGGAACUUUAUUACAACCAUGAAACCGAGAAAUUGUUUUCUUGUUUUUUGGGGGGAAUUAAGCAUGCAGAAAAAAACUAAUGAAAUUAACUGCUCUCUGCUGUGGAGUGCCUGAUAUUUAUAUGCUUAUUGUUUAACUGAAAAAGUGAAAACCGACUUGAAAAUUCGCGCUACUCGUUUUUAAAUGUGACUUAUUUACCAGAGAUGACUUAUACUGUAUUAUUCUUUAUUAGAAUAAUAUGACUGAACUGGUCAGUUUUUCGUAUCUCUGAGGAUGGUUCUGAAAAAGAGAUGACUUAAAUACAGGACUUUUUUGUGAUCUUUCUAGUGGUAUAGACUAUAGUUUAUUUUGUUAAAUUUUUCAGAUAUUAACAAACCAUUUGGUCAGAAAGAACCCCCGCUAACUGAUCAUAUUGUAAAUAUAUUGGGUCGUUAUCCUGAUGGAGGCCAAAUUUUGAAGGUAUAAAAUUUAAAUCCACCCAACUUUAUUAUUUUAGUUUGUCUAAUAUGCCAGACGAUUUUAUUUAUCAAAGUGACAAAGGGAGAAUCUUGCACUUUAAUGUAAUACUAGCUAACUCGACCAUUGAAGCUGAAAUAUUCUUAUAAUGCAAGUAAUUAUACUCUUUUUUUUUCUUCAAUGUUUAUUGUCAAGGGUUGGAUGUAAGAUGGUAACUAACACAUGCAACUUUUUUAACCCGUUAAGCUCCAAUCCAAAUCCUUUCUUGCUAUUAUAUUACAGUUUUGAAAUCACAGGUCAUAUGUAUUAUGGUGUCUCAUUUUCACUACACUCAAUAUAUUAUUUGAUCAAAGGAAUUAAUUCAGAAUGCUGAUGAUGCAGGAGCCAGAGAAGUGAAGUUUCUCUAUGAUGGUCGAUCAUUUGGCAAGAAGUAUCUCGCUACUGAACACCUGCAGAAGUAUCAAGGACCUGCACUCUACGCAUUUAACGAUGCCAUAUUUAAACCUGAAGAUUGGGAUGGAAUCCAGAAUCUAAUGCGAAGUAAUAAAAAAUCUGACAUACUCAAAGUUGGCAGAUUUGGCAUUGGCUUUAAUUCAGUCUACCACAUCACAG